AUGCAGCGAAUAUUUAUUUUAUGUAUUUUAUAUUUUUAUCUAAAUAUUGGGAAUUGCGAUGAAGAUCUGCCGUUUCAUACAGAUGUGAGUUUCUUGCAGCGGAUGUAAUGAAAACCCCUGAUUUUUAUUUACAGAACUUUGAUGACACUUCGGUUUUAACAAAUACAGAAGACCCAAUAAAAAAUCGUUUGAAAAUGGAGAUGAAAACUAACAAUAAUAAUGGUCCACCUGGGAUUGGAAGUGAUAUUUUUGAUCAGAAAACAAUUGAUGAAAAUAUCAGACGUGGGUUUUUUUUCUAUCUGAAAAUUUUUGAAAACUUCAUUUUUCAGUUGCAUCUGUGGCUUCACUUUACGAAGGAUCCGCCGAAGCUGUGGAAUCAAAUGAAAGUGAAUCAGAUGAAAUUCCAGAACCAUUAGAAAACAAUAAUUCGACACAACAAAUAGAUCAAACUAUUGAAUAUUCAUCAAAUAAUUCAAGUCUUUUGUUUGAUCAAAACACAAGUGAUUCAAGCGAUGAUGAAAAAGAACCAGAAAACGCUGCAAAUGUUUUAGUAGAAGAUGAGGAUUUAGAAAGUGAUCCUGCAAAAAAUGAAACUAUUCAUAGUGCUGAAAAACUUUUGAAAAAUCUUGGUGUUGAAAAUGAAAAUUCGAAAACUAUGGAUGGAUCAGAAUCUUCUAAAUUUUGUCCGCCGCCAAGAAUUUGUGCACCAAAUUGCUUUGUCUCUAUUAAUGAGAAAGGUUGUCAAGAUUGUCAAUGUUUAUGGGAAUCUGCUAACUGUGAAACUGAUGAGGAUUGUAAUCAAUCAAACAAUCAGUUUUGUGAUUUAGGGAAGUGCAAUUGUAAAAAUGGUUUCCGACAAAAUAUGAAGAAAUCAGGACAUUGUGAAGUAGAUCCAGGUACGUUUUGACUAUUUCUCAACGUUGAAAUUCUAAUAAAAAAUAAAUAUUUUCAGUGCUCCUUGUCAAAUCUUAUGAUUUUCGUACUGUAGAUUUUGACACAACACGUCGCUCAAAAAGAGCAACAAAACCACGGAGAUCUGAAAGAUUGGAGUGGCCAGGUAUAAAUGCAUGAGGCACUUUUUGAAAAAUUCACACAUUUGUCUGUAAAUAUUUAUGUUGCAUGAAUAAAUUGCAUGUUUUUUGAUGGAAAAGAUUUUUCAGAGUUAGUUAUUCAGGUGUUUGUGAUAAAAACGAACAAUGUCCUCAAAAUCUUGUAUGUAUUCAUGGGGAUUGCUGGAGUUUACCAAAUCGCCCCGAAACUCUCAUUGUUUCUGGAAGUGCCAAGUAAUUAUUUUAUUUUUCAUAAAAAUCAUAUUUUUCAUGAUCAGAACGAUGAUUUAUUUUUGAAAAUUUAUAAAAAGUACGAUUUUCUGAACCUAAUGAAAAAUAAAUCAAAAAUUCCCUAGUUAAGACAACUCGAAGUUAGUCAUAGGUUUUUAUUUUUCAUUUUUCCGGGGGUCAAAUCGAUUUGUUUCUGAUGAUGAAUUGAGAAGACGAACUACAACUGGAACACAUUCUCGAACUUGGUUUCCACCAACAACCACAACUAUUCAACCAACUGAACGUAAAUUAAAAUAAAAUUAGAUUCAUCAAUUUUGACAUUACAUUUUCAGAACCUCUUGAUAUUCCUGUUACUGUGGAUAGGUUUGUUAUGAUUGAAACAACCACCCCAAAUUAUGUGUUGAAUGAUAACAAAUUUGAGAAUUUACAGCAAAGGUACUGUAGCUUGAGUUUUUUUUAACGCAAUAUCCAAUUUUUCAGGAAGGACAACUUUCUUGGUGAUUUUGGAGAUGAAUGGAAUGAGAUUGAUCAAUCACAUGUGAAGAAAAUACAUUUGGAAACUGAUCCAGUUUGUGUUUUUUAUGAAAUCUUGUUCAAAAUCAAAAACUAUUAGCAAUUUUCAGCCUCCGCUAGUCAAUGAAAAAAGAAAAAAGAAGAAAAAACCAAGGAAGAUUCGAAAAACCACACCAAUUCCUCCAGCUGUGAAUGAAAUCGAGUUUCCAAUUUCCUCAAAAAUGCGAAAAAAUUCAAAGCGACCUAAAGCAUUAAGUGCGGAGCCAACGAGGGAAGAAUUGAAAGAUCAUAAGAAACUGAUGGAGAUUUUUAAUCUUCAUGAAUUGGAAAGCUUUAAUGAGUAAGUUGAAUGAAUUAUGUAUAUGAGUUGUGGCAACAAGUAUUCAUUAAAUCAUAAAAAGAAAAUGAGAUAAUCUUUGUUGGUAAAUUGUUAUCUCUUUGUUCUGUAAUUCGCUGGCCUUUUUACAGAGAGCUCACAACGUUUCCUGUGCCAACAACCACAACUACAGAACCAAAUUUUGAUUAUAGUUUGGAGACAACAACAGAACCUUUCGAAUUUCCAUCAAUACCUCCUUUGGAAACAUUAGAACCUCUCGAAUCAAUAUUUUCAAAACCGGAAGACAUAAUAGAAAGUGUUGAGAAACCAUAUCUUGUUGAAACUCAAAAAUUCCAACAAAUUGCACCGCUGCAAAACAUAAGUGGUGAUAUGGAAUCCGACGAUCCGCCUGAAGUUACACCAGAACCUGCUCCGUUUGAACAACAUCAAAUUGGAAUAUGGUAUCCAAUGAGAAAAGGAGAUAUACCACAUUUAGGAAUAUUUGGAGGAGAAUUGAGGAGAUCUCCCAAAAAAAUUAUUAGAACAACUGAUGAUCUACGCUUGUAUAAUGAAUAUACGAAAGCAAAUCGAAGAAAUCGACCAAUUCGAAUUGAAAUGGAUAAUGCAGCCCGUAUGUUGUCAUUUUUCGAAAUUAAAAUAUUUGCAUCUUUUCAGAAUAUAUUCAAAACGAAUGCAUAACUGAUAAUGACUGCAGUACUUAUCACAACACUGUAUGUUGCACCAAAAAAUGGUGUGAUCGAACAAAUAAUUGUGGAAUGGGUAAAUUCUGCUUACCAAAUUGUGACGCGACCAAACUUACAUUUUUACCAUCGACAAACCAUGCGGAGGGAAUUAUUGAUAUUAUGUAUGACUAA